GCCUCUCGAGUUGGUGUAAUACAUAACCGAAGAUUUUGAGUGAAGUAUUUUAGUGAGAAAAGUGUUCACCUACAACUGCAAGUGUGUAUUUCUUUUUAGGAAAAAGCUGUAAGAGUAGAUUUUUAAAAAAACAUUCCAAAGAUUGAUGAGAAAAAUAAAAGAAGAGUAUUAUUUAUGUGUGAACCGUGUUCUACAUCUAAAAAAUACGACAAUCAAUAAAAACUCAACAACCAUUCUUCCUAACAAUUCUAAAAAAUCGUCAACACAACACCACAACAAAUUUCCAGCUGACAAUAUUAGACAAUUAAGUCUUAUCAAUAAUCUGGCAAUGAUGUGACUUUACCAGCGAAAUGCGCUAAAUAAAAAAAAAUCAUCAGAAAACAAAGAAGAGGAUAUAGUGUCACCCUAUCGUCAAUUAGCUUUGGCGUAAGGGCCUCCAACAAUUAGCGAGGAUGCUCGCCUCCGGAUAAUGAUCACCGAGCAGACCUGGAGCAUGAUGCUGGACGGCGAUGUUGCCGGCAUUAACGAGCUAGCAAUCUCACCACGGAAGCAGCUAUGGAUUCGCGCGGUAAAGAAAUUGACACAGGAGCGUCUUGGCCGUGAAAGUUUAGCUGCCUGGGAAGAGGGCAAACCAAGUGUCGAGCCCGAAGACUUUGAUCAGGAUCUCGACGACAAGACCAAAAAGUCAUCGGAUGCAUCGGCCGACACUGACGUCGUUUAUCCUGAUCAGAGUGCCACCGAUAAAGAAGCUGUUUUCAAAAAAGGCUACAAAUACAAAGGGAUAUUCUGCCCAUCGUUGACGAAUAGCUUUCACAACAAGCAUCUCGAAAAAUCAUAUCUAAAGUAUUCGAAACGACAGCGACAAAAGUCGCUUAUUAUGCUCAAUAUUGUCGAUUUAGGACUAAAGAUAUGUCUAAUCUCAAUCUGGCUGUGGAGGCGAGAUUAUCGAAGCGAUGGCACGUGGUGGUGGUCACUUGCGUGGUCAAUUUGCUGUAUGCUAUCCAACGUGGUGGUAUGCGCUCUUGGCUGGUGGCGAUGUUUCUCCAACAAUUAUCUCUAUUGGGCUUCUAUAUUUACUUGGCUACUUAUCAAUUCCCAAGGUUUUAUCGUGGCGGGACUGAACUUUCUGACUCAACAACGUCUAAUGUGGUACAUAUUAUUCGUCGUGUACGCGCCCUACGCGAUGUUACCACUGCCACUUAGAUGGUGUGUCGUUGCGGGAUUCGGAACUGCUUUUACACAUCUAUUGAUUGCCGUUGUUACUCUUCUCACCGAUACUCGUCAUCAUGAGGAUCUAUCAUGUGUAUCGCGUAUGGUUGCAACGAACUUGUUGCUCUAUUUUGGUGUGAAUCUAUCCGGUAUGUACACCAAGUAUUUGACUGAUCGUGGACAAAGACAAGCAUUCCUCGAGACUCAACGUUCGAUGGAAACAAGACAGAGAACGCAAAACGAGAACAAUCGCCAGGAAAAGCUUUUAUUAUCCGUGUUACCGGAUUUCGUGGCGAAAGAAAUGAUAAGAGACAUAGCUCGUGAAACUGCACGUGGAGGGACGAUAUCUUUCACCCCAAAUCAAUUUCAUAGGAUUUACAUUCAUCGAUAUGAGAAUGUCAGUAUAUUAUUUGCUGAUAUCAAAGGAUUUACAGCCUUGGCAAGUCAAUGCAGCGCGCAAGAAUUAGUCAAAGUGUUAAACGACUUAUUCGCCCGAUUUGACAAACUCUCAGCCGAAAAUCAUUGUUUGCGAAUCAAGCUGUUAGGCGACUGUUACUAUUGUAUUUGCGGGCUGCCUGUGGCGCGAGCUGACCACGCGCACUGCUGCGUCGAAAUGGGUUUGCAUAUGAUCAAGGCCAUAAGAGACGUACGUUAUACCACCAAGGUUGACCUCAAUAUGCGCAUUGGUAUACACAGCGGGUCUGUGCUAUGUGGGGUUCUUGGUCUUAGGAAAUGGCAAUUCGAUGUCUGGUCUUACGAUGUCACACUGGCUAAUCAUCUCGAGAGCGGUGGAAUUCCUGGCCGAGUACACAUUUCCGAAGACACUCUAAAAUGUCUAAACGACGUGUACGAAGUAGAACCAGGCAACGGUACUGAACGUGACAACUAUUUGAAAGAUCGUAAUGUCGUCACGUAUCUAAUCAAGCAGCUGGAACCGCUUCGUUCAAGACGUAGAUACUCGUCGAGACCAAAAAUAUGGACCGACAUCAACAGUAGCGAACAAUCGGAUAAUCCACUGAAUCGUACGAAAAAGAGUUUCAAGAUGGGUAACUCCUUAAGUGCUGGCAACCCAGCAACCGUGCAUGCAACGCACGGUACUGAGGAUGAUAUUGGCGUCGAGUGGACGCCGGAGAUUCCGUUUGAAAAUUUGAAUAGCGCUACAUCAGUGAGUAACUUGGAAUCUGACUAUCUCGAGACAGACUCAGUCUCAGCAAAAAGCGAGCAAGUAACGCGUGGCUCGGAGAAAGAAAAGUCAAUAAAAAUGGCCAACGGAAUGGAAAUGGUUAGUAACAAACGAAUGCGUCUUGCCAAUAUAAAUCCAUGGACUUUGCGAUAUAAUGACGAAGCUCUGGAGUCGAAGUUCCGGCAGCUUCGUGAAGAUAUGUUUAAAUCAAAUAUGAUUUGCUGCUAUGUACUCUGGCUAUUCAUCGCAAUUUGCCAAGCGAUCAUCCUUCCAGACUGCACAGUAAUACUGAUAGCUCUAAUACUGACAACUCUUCUCUUGGCCGUAUCAUCCGUUUUGGUGAUGGCUGACGAGUUCAAGAGUUUACCAACCUCACUGCAACAUUCUUCCUCGAUGCUCGUGCAUAACAAACAGUAUCGUACACUCUUCAUUUGCGGUGUAAUAAGUCUUAUGGCACUGACAUCGAUUGUUGGUGCAAUCGCCUGUCCUGUCGUACGAGUUGAACCGAUUGCUCUACAACAAAUAGAUAAACAAGUAACAUUGCAAGCAGUAUCUUCGCCAAAGAUACCUUUACCUAGUAAUAGCAAACUUGAUAGGCUGGUGUUGCGAUUUCUGGAAGCUGCAUUGAAGGAUGACGUUGAUGACGAUGUUGAUGAGAAAGUUAAUGAUACUGAUGUUGAUGUGGGGAGACAGCUUGACAGGCAUAGGAGGCAUAGAGAGUUUGUUAGGUUUUAUGGUUUUGAGCACCACUACGAACCGCGUAUACGUCACCACCACAGACCUCAUCGUAAACGUCAUCAGCGUCAUUUGGAACCUCGUCGUGAAUCAAUUGCUGUUUCGCGAAAAAUUCUGUCUACAGUCGAGUCAACGCAAGAUCAAAAGAAACUUAUAAUAGAAGCACCAAUGGAUCGAAAAAUUCUCGAAGAGGUGCAGUGUUUGAAGCCCGAAUACAUCGUUUUCACGUGGAUUUUAUGUCUUAUAGCUUUAGCGUCGUCAUUAAAGUUGUAUUACUUGGUAAAAACUGCCCUAGCAACUUUUGUCGCUGCUAUUUAUGGAAUUGUUAUUAUUAUAUUAAGAGAUCAGUUUUCUAAUCGAGAUGAAGAUCAAGACGUAAUGUCAAUACCGCUACCGGCUCAGAUGCUAAUUUUUUUAGUGAUAUUUCUCGUGGUGGUAACUUACCACGGUCGUCUGGUAGAAGUCACCUCAAGAUUAGAUUUUUUGUGGAAGCAGCAGGCCGAGCGUGAACUUUCUGAUAUGAUUGAAUCGAGACACAAUAAUAUGCAGCUAUUGAAAAAUAUUUUACCUGACCACGUAGCUCAUCAUUUUCUUAGCCAGGAAAAACCAUCAGAGGAACUUUUUUCACAAUCCCGUGACAAAGUUGGCGUUAUGUUCGCAAGCGUGCCAAACUUUACUGAAUUUUAUUCUGAAGACGUUAACAAGGGUAUGGAGUGUAUUCGUCUCUUGAAUGAAAUAAUAGCCGAUUUUGACGAACUGCUAGAUGAAAGGCGAUUCCACUGUAUUGAAAAAAUUAAAACAGUAGGGGCAACUUACAUGGCAGCAUCUGGAUUAAACCCCAGUAAAAUUAGCAAGAAUCUCGAAGAUAUGGAACAUGUAUGCCGAUUAGUCGAUUACGCCGUAGCAAUGAGGCAGCGUCUUGAAGAUGUAAAUGUUCACUCGUUCAACAAUUUCGAUUUGCGUGUGGGUAUAAGUUGUGGACCUCUUGUCGGUGGUGUGAUUGGUGCUCGAAAACCUGUGUUUGAUAUCUGGGGCAACACCGUCAAUGAGGCUUCGCGCAUGGACUCCACUGGUGUCAUGGGCAAGAUACAAGUGCCAUCUGAGGUCGCCAAGUUUCUGGAAUCAAAGGGCUACAAAACAAAGAAGCGAGGUUUGAUCGAAGUGAAAGGCAAAGGCACGAUGGAGACGUAUUUUGUGCUGGGCCGUGGCGAUUCUCGAACCGAAGGAACAUCACGCGAUCGAAGUGCUUGCCGAAGUCUCGCUGCCGUCGUUUAUGGAGUUGUACAAGCGAGGCGCAAGAUGCACGAUACCUGAGACUCGGCCAGGCCAAGUAUUGUCGGCUUUUCCACGACUGGGCUGUGAGACAACUUGAGCGCGCAUUGAAAAUACAAAUUUUCUCUGAAAGUGAUCAAGUUUUUGUUUUGUGUUUUUGGGUGAAAAAAAGUUUUGUUUUCGUUAUGUAACAGUGAUAUUUAUUUGUGAUUUUUUAGGUGAUGUAGAAUGUUUUUUAUUGUCAUGUUUUUCCUCUUAAUAGAAUGUGUCUUAGUAGACUACGUCGAAUAUAGUAUUUAUGACAUGGGUUAGCAAAGAAUUGAUCAUGAAGCAAAAAUAAUUUCAAACAAAACUUCUUUUUCACAAUGCUUCUAUUUUUAUUACUAAGUUAGUUGUCAAUAUUAAUCCCCGUUACUAAUUUUCCAACAACAAAAAAUUCAUUACGUUCAAACCUUUAACUCACUCUACUCUUUAUGUGAAGACAUGACGUUUGAUAAUCGUGAGAUUACUAUUAUAGUAGCGAAACGAUUUGAGAGAGAUCUAUUCAUAAAUAUGAACUUAUCUGAGAUAUCUAAUGAUGUUGAGCUUACAUAUCGAUUUGAAUCUAGAAGUUUGUUGGAAAUAUAAAAAUGCAAAUUUAUCUAGGGCGUAAUGUCUAAUAUUACUUUCGAAACAAAUGCCAAAAAAGAAGCAGCAAAUUUAUGCUAUUGACAGAAAAAAUAUUUAUCUUGAAUAAGCUGAGUUUCACUCGAUAAGAGCCAAAAUAUUCAAAUUUUAUUUUCAAAUCAUUUACGUAGUUAGUAUAAUAUAUUCUAGAAACGGAAUCCCUUUUAAAUUCACUUCAAAAAUUAGGAAUCUGAAAAUUAAUAUUAACAUAUCAAAUUGGUCAAGUGCCUGCUAGUCGAAAAAAAAAAUUUUUAAAGUAAUGUUCCGCAGAAAAAAAUCAAUCAAAGAACAUUUGACAUUUAUUAUAUCAAUUUACAAAUGAUCUUAUUUUUAAAUAUUUUUAUCGAUAUGAAAUGAAAUGUGUAUUAACAUUUUUAUAUUGUACCCUUUUUUUUCAACCAAAUAGUAAUCUACCAAACAAACAGUAAAAAUUACCGUACUUGUAAACAUAUCACACAAACUUAGCAAAAUAAGAAUAAAUGCAAUCUAAGUAUUAAAGUUAAUGUUACAUGCAAAAUACGUAUAACAUAUACCAUGUAGUAGAAAAAAUGCUGCAGGCAGCCCAUACAAUUUAAAUUGUAUAUUUUUCUCUUCUUCUGUUGAGAUAAUAAAAAAGAAGUUGUUAUAUCCUCCAGAUUAUUCGUUGUUCUCUUGAAUGAUACGAUAUCAUAUUCUUUGGAUAAAUGUCAAAAUAUUAAUAAAUCAUGAGUAUUAAUUACAAGAUUUUUUGAUGGCUAGCUAAACUAGUGCCAAAGCGAAAAUCGUCUCGCUCGUGCGAAUCAUUAUACACACGAAGAAAUAUAUUGCUAAGAAAAGUUAGGAUUAAUUAGAGCAUAACAGUAGCAUGUCUUUAAAUUUCUUUAUUUUUACAUUUCUCGUAUAAUUUUUAUGUAUCGAUUAUAUAUUUUCUUAUUAAAAUAUAAUUAUAAUUUACUAACAAUCAAGAUACGUCGCUCGCAGAUUGCAGUCGCAUUGAUUACAUUUACACAUUCCAUCAGAUCCAGACCACCCUCCAUUAGAGCAACACUCGGCAGUGAAGGCUAUAUAAUAUAUUAAACAUAGUUUUACUCUAUCUAAAUGUUAAUAAAUACACGAAAACUCGUGUCGAGUUUUCCCCUUGAUCAACGUGUUUAUCACUUUAUACAUAGCGGCCUUAGAAGAACAACACCGUGUGUAUCGAUUAUUGACUAAUCAGCAGUGGUAAGUAAAAUAGAAUCGUAGCUGCUACAGUUCUUUCUUUGCGUUUACCAGAUAUGCAUAAAUAAAUCAAGGUAAACUACAUUGAACUGUAGUAAGGAGACCAGUGAAUCUCGAUCAUAUGGAAAACUUACAAUGCGCAUGCGGUAUGUUUUUUUACAUGUUAACGCGACUUAGAUGCUGGAUUCAUUGAGCCUUAUCGCGACAAGAAACAACGAGAAAGAGUGAGCGAGUAGGAAUAAAAGCAACAUAAUGAAUCAGAGAUAAGGGACACAUACGAGAAGGGUGUAGAUGGAGAACAAAAAAACGUAUAAACCACAAGUCUAAUGCACGUUGUUAUCCUCGUUACUUUCCUCACUACUUUCCUCACUUUCGUUUUUCUUCAGCUUAGAUCCCAAGACAAGUUUGUAAUUAAUUCCGCUACCGUCAGGACUUAUGAAUUUGACGUUAACAAAAUUUUGAUCCACGCCGCCAUCAGCGAUUGACGGAAUAACUGGACUUCCAUUCGGUACCAAAUCUUUCAUUUGAAUUAAAUACAGAACGUAAUCUUUCAAAAAAUUGUGGACGUAAAAGAAAACUAUCUCUUUGCCUGUAGGAUCAGGAGCGCGCACGAUGAUCUUUUCCUCGAUCAUUGUCGUUUCAACUGGUUCAGUCGUUGAUGAUGAUCCAACGUCUGAGCUUAAUUCUUUAUUCAAAUGAGCAAAACACAACGAACUAAUUAUAACUAUUAAUAUAGUAUUUAAUAAAAAUGAGUACUUUGUCAGAGACAUUUUCUUGAAUGUUCAUUCGUACUGGUAAAUUCGUUCUGACACUUGGUUCAUGUUAUCACAUAGAUAUAGACGCAACUAAUUAUUAAUCGAAUAUUUAUCUUAUCAAAACUUAUCUCUAAUAUCAGUCAUUGAGAUUUAUUAUCUUGC